AUGGCUGAUCGUCGUUUUGCUAAUCAAACGGAAACUCGUGGUGUGAAUACAACGAAAACUAUGGCAGGAAACAAUGCUGUACGUGGCGACGAUACUCAAUCAGGCGUAUCGGGCGCCGGUCCAUCGUCAGCCAUUGCAGCAACAGCAGCAGCGACAACGAUUGAACGUCGACCAUCUCAAGCUGUUUUCCGACGUUUAUCAAUCACAGUUGGUCGCAAAUCUUCAACAUUCUUUCAACCGAAUCAACUUCGUCCAAACACUUAUCGUAUGGAGCCAGACAGUGAAUAUCGUUUUCGUCCAUACAAACUGCAAACAAAAAUCCUAGAAACUUUAGCCGAACAAUUAAAAGAUCAAAAAUACAAUCCAGUCACAGUGAAUGAUCUUGUCAAAAACGUCUCUCGAAGCGUACUUCAAUUGAUAAAAAAUUUCCAAUUGCCACGCUACAAAAUCAUCAUUCAAACAGUUAUAACCCAAAAAUUCGAUCAACUCGUACGUAUCGCAUCGCGAUGUUUAUGGGAUCCAAAAACGGAUAAUAUGCUUUCGGUUAAUUAUGAAAACAAAGAGAUGAAUGCGACUGUCACUGUUUAUGCUGUAUAUUGUGAAUAA